CUGAUAUUUAUAAAUGAGUGUCAAGGUCAUCGAUGAAUGCUUUUGUCACGUUUCAAUAGCAAACAUCAAGGGUGAUGUGGAGGAGCGGUCGACAGCAGUUAUCCUGAGAGUCUCUGGGAUAAAUAGCAGCGCUGUGACUGAGCUUCAUCUAUAAACACAUUUAAAGUGAUUGUGAUUAAUCUCACUUUGAAAGAGAUUCUUUGAUGUAUUUGCUAACUUACUUUGCUUGCUCAGCUAUUCUUCUUAUUUAUUUAACCUCCUUACAUUACUUUAAUUACUUGACUUACUCUGUUUACUUACUUCACCUACUUCUCAUCGCUUUGCUAACUACUUUUCUGCUUUGCUCAUCAGAGGAGCAAGGGGUAGAUGAGGAGGAGGAGCAGGAGGAGGAGGAAGAGGAAGAGGCUCCACAGGAGGAAGACAAACCUGCUGCAGAAGAGGAGGCCAACGAAGAACAAGGUGGAGAAGGCGAAGCAGAGGAGGGAGAAGAGGAGGAAGCAAAGCCCAAAUUCAAGCCAUUCAUCAUGCCAAACCUUAUUCCCCCUAAGAUCCCAGACGGCGAGAGGGUGGAUUUUGAUGAUAUACAUCGCAAGAGAAUGGAGAAGGACCUGAUGGAGCUUCAAACUUUAAUCGAGGUUCACUUCGAAAGCAGAAAGAAGGAAGAAGAAGAGCUCGUUCAGCUCAAAGAAAGGAUUGAGAAGCGUCGCUCUGAGCGAGCAGAGCAGCACAGAAUUCGCAGCGAGCGAGAUAAAGAGCGACAGAAGCGUCUUGAGGAUGAGAGGAUUCGCAAGGAGGAGGAGGAGGCCAAGAAGAGGGCAGAGGAUGAUGCAAAGAAAAAGAAAACCCUCACCAGCCUCCACUUUGGAGGUUACAUGCAAAAGCUGACAGACAAACGGAGUGGCAAGAGGCAGACAGAGAGAGAAAAGAAGAAGAAGAUCCUGAACGAAAGGCGCAAAUCUCUGGACAUCGAGAACAUGAGUCAGGAAAGACUCAAAGAGAAAGCUAAGGAGCUGUGGGAGUGGAUCCAGCAGCUGGAGGCAGAGAAGUUUGAUCUGCAGUACCAGUUCAGCAGACAGAAAUAUGAGAUUAAUGUGCUGAGGAACCGUGUGAGCGACCAUCAGAAAACGUCAAAGAGGACCAAGAGAGGACUGAGGAAAUAGAUGCUGAUGUGCUGAGUGACAAGUAUUAUCAUCCGCCCUGUCAUGCAGCCACUGCCUCAAACCAAGCCCAGGCUUUACGGCCACACCCAAGUCACACUUAUCUUCUUACGGUUGCCUUGAGCACAGCUUGGGUCUCUCGCUCUACUUUUUCAGGAUAAUGGGGAUUUAAAAGUGUAAAUAAACAGUCUCACUUUGCUCUUC